AUGGCUCCUCCCUACCCCAGGAGCUUCCUUCUGGGGGCUCUUGCUGUGCUCUCAUCGCUCUCCGCGAUGGCGAGCGCACAGAGCAACUAUACCCAGGCCGAUAUGCUACGGGCUCACCUCACCCUUCUAGGUGAUCGCCCUCCCGAAUGUCCUCCAUGCUUCAACUGUUUGCUACCCGCCCACACCUGCACCCAGUAUGCCUCGUGUAACGAAUUCAACGGCAAAUGCGACUGUCCGGAAGGCUUUGGUGGAGAUGACUGCCUUGAGCCUCUCUGCGGCUCUCUUGCUCGGGGCAGGGACCGACCGAUGCGAUCUGGCGAUAAGUGCGAGUGCGACGAAGGCUGGACCGGAAUCAACUGCAACGUCUGCACCAGUAACCAAGCUUGCGAUGCGCUGAUGCCGACCGGGGAUUCUGGUGUCUGCUAUCAAAACGGAGAGGUUGUGAAACACAACUACCAGAUUUGCGACGUUGUGAACAAGAAGAUUACCAGCUUGCUCGGCGACAAGAAGCCUCAGGUCACCUUCACUUGCAAGAAAGAGGACGCUACCUGCCAGUUCCAAUUUUGGGUCGAUGAGCGAGAAUCCUUUUACUGCGACCUCGACAGUUGCCGGUCCUCUGCCGAGUACACCGAGAGCCAAAACAGUACCUCUUACAAGUGCGACAAUGUCAAAUGCAGCUGCAUUCCGGAUCGCAUGCUUUGUGGCCAAGACGGCUCCGUAGAUAUUACAGACUUCUUGAAGGAAUCCAUCCGUGGCCCUGCCAAGUUCGAGUGCGAGCAGGAGCUAGGCAAUCCAAACAACUGUCAAUUCAGGGAGCCGCAGAUGGAUGACCUGAUUUCUGCUCUCAUCGGCGACUCGAGUAUCCUCUUGACCUGUCGCUCUGGAGAGUGUCUCUAUCACACCGAAGUCCCCGGCUACGAGCGACCCGUCAAGCGUAUCAAUACUCCCCUCAUCGCCGGUGUCAUCGCUCUCUGUUCUUUGUUCCUCGUUGCCGUCAUCCUCUUGACUUGGUAUCUCUCCCGGCGCCAGUUCAAGUACGGCCCGAUCCAUCUGGACGACUCCGAUGACGAGAAUGCUAAGCUCAUGACCGACCACAAGCCGGCUUCUCUCUACUUUAAGGGUGUUUCGUACUCUCUCAACGGGAAGCAGAUCCUAAGCGGGAUCGGCGGCUUGGCUCGUCCGGGAGAGAUUACGGCGAUCAUGGGCGCGUCUGGAGCUGGCAAGACAACCUUCCUCGAUAUCUUGGCUAGGAAGAACAAGCGCGGUCUAGUUUCUGGCGACUUCUACGUCAACGGUGAAAAGGUCAAUGACUCCGAUUACAAGAGCUUCAUCGGCUUCGUUGACCAAGAAGAUACCAUGCUUCCUACCCUCACUGUUCACGAGACUAUCCUGACCAGCGCUCUGCUGCGCCUGCCACGCAACAUGAGCAGGGCCGCCAAAGAACAGAGGGUUGUCGAGGUCGAGAAACAGCUUGGUAUCCACCACAUCCGAGAUUCUUUGAUCGGCUCUGAGGAAGGCAAGGGUCGCGGCAUUUCUGGAGGCGAGAAGCGACGAGUUGGAAUUGCCUGCGAGCUUGUGACGAGUCCCUCCAUCCUGUUCCUCGAUGAGCCAACCAGCGGGCUUGAUGCCUUCAACGCUUACAAUGUUAUCGAGUGUCUAGUAACAUUGGCGAAGACCUAUAAGAGAACUGUCAUAUUCACCAUCCAUCAGCCGCGGUCUAACAUUGUCGCCCUGUUCGACAGACUCAUCCUCCUCGCCCGUGGGGAGACGGUUUACUCUGGCCCUUUCCACCACUGCCAGGAUUACUUCGACAGCAUCGGCUAUUCGUGCCCGCCUGGAUUCAAUAUUGCUGACUAUCUCGUUGAUCUUACUAUGCACGCUGGCGCGACAACGGAGAUCGACGAUGGGACGGUGAUUCCUGACAGUGCUAGUGUUGGCCCCAGCAGCACACGCGCUAUCAAGUCCGUUGCGAGCGCCUCCAUCAUGAGCGGUAAUGAUGAUGGCAACAACCCCCCAUCGACACCGUCGCGACCGAAGAGUAAGCGCCAUGAUUCUGUUCGCAAGCAACAGGAGCGAGAGCUAUUUACCCGCCGAAGACAGACGAUCGAUACCGCGGCUUCCUCCGACGCUGGGGUGGAAGAUGCGGGGUCAUUUAGACUCCAAAAACAGGCACAUCCGGAGCACGAUGAUCUUCAUGACCUGCCCCCGGCGGCCCUUACGGGCACUGCUCUUGACGAAAUCGUCCAAGCCUUUGCGGAAUCUGCUAUAGCCAACUCUACCAAUGACGAAAUCUCCCAGGCUGUCGAGGCAGCCCAGAUUGCCAACGGCGCCAACUCGAAUGGGUACUCCGUCGAUGGGCCUAACAUUGGCGUUGGGGCCAUGGGCAAGGGAUACAUUCGUGUCGGCUAUCUCACGCAGUUCGCUAUUUUGUCUCAGAGGACCUGGAGAAAUCUGUACCGCAACCCUAUGCUGAUGCUUACACAUUAUGCAAUCGCGAUCCUGCUAGCGGUGCUUUCCGGGUACCUGUUCUACGGCAUCACCGACGACAUUGCCGGUUUCCAGAACCGCUUGGUCUUUGCCAGCGAAAGACUCCUUUUUGUCCGAGAACGAGCCAACGGUUACUACGCUCCCAUCACGUACUUUACCUCCAAGGUUCUCUUUGACAUCAUCCCGCUCCGCAUCAUUCCUCCUCUUCUUAUGGGUGCUAUUAUCUACCCUAUGACGGGUCUCGUGGCCGACUUUGAGCACUUCUACAAGUUUAUUCUCAUCCUCAUUCUCUUCAAUCUCGCGGCGGCAGCCAUCUGCCUCUUCAUCGGCAUUGUCUGCAAAGACCACGGCGUUGCUAACCUUAUUGGUUCCCUCGUUAUGCUGUUCAGUCUGCUCUUCGCCGGUCUUCUUUUGAACCAUAAUGCCAUCCCCAAGACCGCCGUGUGGCUCCAGACCCUGUCGAUCUUCCACUACGCCUUCGAGUCUCUCAUCGUCAAUGAGGUUGUGCAUCUUACUCUAAUAGACAACAAGUACGGCAUCAACAUUACGGUGCCCGGUGCUGCUAUCCUUAGUUCGUUUGGUUUCGACAAUGGCGCUCUGUGGAGUGACAUUUUCCGCCUUGGCGUAUUUGGAGUUGUCUUUAUCAUUCUAGCAUAUGUCGCUAUGCAUGUUCUCCUCGUUGAGAGGCGGUAA